GGGGAACGGGCAGGAUCAGACCCCCUGGUGAUGUUAGAACGCUGAUCCGUGACCUGUCGUGCGUCAUUUGUCCGCGUCUCACGACGGCGGAAAGUCCACUUCGGUUUUUGUGUGAAGCUCCAAAAAUCUAUGAAAUGUGUUUGCAUGUUCUCUUCGGCGAGCGGGGAUGUGGAGGUGGGAUAGCGAGCAGCGAAAGGUUGGAGGAGCCCACGCGCUCGUUUUCGGACAAAGUGCAUUUUAACAGCGCCUUGCGGUUCUGUCUCACGGGCGAGCUCGCUUCGGCGGAAUGCUCGAGACUCUCCCUCGCCGUGGAAUCAGUUCGGUUCGGUUCUUUCGCCUCUUUUUUUGAGCUGAAUCUCCGCAGCGGGAGCAAGACCGGACCGCUCGGACGGAGCUGCCCUCCCCUCGGCUCGCCAGUGUGUUGUGAUGAGGAUUGGGGUGAGGCUGUAGGGGGUCUAGGCUGAUCUCUGGUCUCUGCAGGUACCCCUCUCCCCCCCCGCCACCACCACCACCACCACCACCACCACCACCACCACCACCCCCUUCCUCUGUUGUUGUCUCUAAAGAGGCCUCCAGCAUCCCCUCUCUCUCUCUGUCUCGUCCGGUAUAUUUUCUAUUUUCGUUUUCUCUCUCUUCUUUUCCCCCCUCUCUGCUCUCUCUCUCUCUCGCGCGCGCUGGACCAUGUCUGGUAGUGUGGGGUCAGCCCAAGGACCCCAGACUGCAGUGGACGUGUCCCCGUCGUCCCCGGCCUCGCUGGUGGAGAGGCGGAGCCGCAGCGGCAUCCUGAGCGAGCCCCUGAGCAAGAGCCUGAAGCGCUCGCGCACGCUCACGCUAGCCUCCAACGCUAACAGCGCCAGCAACGGCAACAGCCACAGCCACAGCGGCAGCCAGGCGGGCAAGCCGUCGGCGGAGCCCGGCCAGGGCAGGGUGCCGGCGGGGAGCGUGAAACUGGACCGGGGGGCUCUGCUCUCGGGCCUGCUGGACUCGCCCAGCGGGCUGCACCUGGCGCAGGCGGCCGAGCUGCUGCGGCGCGCUGGCAUGCUGAUGCCCCUGGGGGGCGCCGCGGCCUCAGACACCGCCGCCAUGCCCCUGGGCGCCGUCACGGGCGUGGUCCCCGGCGACCUGGAGAGCGUGGCCGCGUCCACGGCGACGGACUCUGUGGCGGGGAGCCUGUCGGACUUCCCGUUGCUGGGCAACGGCUUCCCGCUCCACCCGGGCCUGUUCAUCAUGACGCCGGCCGGCGUGUUCCUGGCCGACGGCACCUUCAUCGGGGGCGGCGCGGGCGUGACGGCCGCCGAGCACCACCAGCAGGCCCAGAGCGAGCUGUCGGCCGUCGCCAACGCCAACGGCAACGGCAAGAAGAAGCGCAAGCGCUGCGGCGUGUGCGAGCCCUGCCGGCGGAGGGUCAACUGCGAGCAGUGCAGCAGCUGCCGCAACCGCAAGACCGGACACCAGAUCUGCAAGUUCCGCAAGUGCGACGAGCUCAAGAAGAAACCGUCAGGAGCGAUGGAGGUAAUGCUGCCAACCGGGGCGCCGUUCCGAUGGUUCCAGUAGAACUGCCCACCCCAGACCCAAAGAACUGCCAAUCAAACUCCAGGCCAAUAGUGGCUCAGAACUCUGAAGGCCCUGCACACUGGUUGGACAAAACUUGUACACUAAGGAACAUUCAUGACUGCAGAUGGGGAGGAGUUGGAGAGGAAGGGCUCUCCGGGAACCAAAAACGAACUUCAAUUCUGAUGGCCAAAGGGUCAUCUAGAACAUUCCUCUUUUUCUAUGUUCCGUUUUGGAACCGUCACGAGUUCUUCGCUCCAAAGACCGAAAGUCUUAUCUGGAGAACCUGGAAUUGUUCAUGCCCGGAAGAAAGAAAGAAAAAAAAAGGACAAUCAGUUUUUGUUUGGGUUUGUUUGUUGGUUCGUUUGUUUCUGUUUGUGUUUGGUGUUUUUGUUGUCCAGACGUGGAGCGAUGCGUACUUGCAUUAGAGAAUGUACAUUUAAUGCUCUUUUUCAGAAAAGAAAAGAAAAGAAAAGAAAAGAAGAGGAAACAGCGGCCGGCUCACGACUAAUAAGAAGCUCUGUUCUAAUUUAGCUAUGUUUGUACUGACAGCUUCUUCAUGCUCGGGCUACCAAUACUGAAUGGGGCUUCAGUCAGUUUGCACAUCAUUGGGUUCUAAAAGGUCUAAAAAGCACCAUGCCACCACACACACACAAACACACACACACACACACACACACACACAUACACAGCAUGGAUCUGCACAUACCGCCACGCUCUUACACACAUACAUACAUGCAUCCAUGCCCCCCACCCCACAUACACACGUAACACAUACAUUCAGACACACACACACACACACACACACACACACAAACACACACUUGGACAGAAGGACGCACACACUGAGACAGCCUUUUGUUCCUUUAAUGAUGUGAACUGUGUUGUGGUCCCAGAGUGAGUGUGAGGGUACUCGUAACAUGUGGGAUAGAGAUGGACCAGCCAUGUUGCAUGAGUCAAAAGGAGUUUCUUAUUCUGUGUGUAUGUGUGUGUGUGUGUGUGUGUGUGUGUGUGUGUGUGUGUGUGUGUGUGUGUGUGUGUGUGUGUGUGUUUCUGUGUUUGGGAUGCAUAAGCCUGUUACUGUGUAUGAGCUGUGUCAAGUGUGUUUGUUGAAGUAUGUUUGGAAUGUGUGUGUGUGUGUGUGUAUGUAUGUGUGUGUGUGUGUGUGUGUGUGUGUGUGUGUGUGUGUGUGUGUGUGUGUGUGUGUGUGUGUGUGUGUGUGUGUGUGUGUGUGUGUGUGUGUGCGUGCGCGUGUGCGCAUGUGUGUGUGCGUGUUUGUGUGUGUGUGUGUGUGUGUGUGUGUGUGUGUGUGUGUGUGUAGCCUUCAGUGUUUGUGUUUGACUCCAUGUUAAUUAAGGGGCUGUCAUGUGAAUAAUAAACUGGAAUGCAUGUAUCUGAGUCUGAGUGGGGGCUGUGUCAGUGCUGUCCCACGCUUUUGGAAUAAAAAAACACACAACAGUGGG